UAUUUGCAGCAUCAUAAAAAUAUGAAUGAAAAUUCUGACAAUUUACCAAAUGGCUCCUCUGGAGGUAUGGGGAAUGCUGGCAUUCCCAAUGUCAACGAUAUGAAUACCAAUGGAACGAACAAAAAUACAAUUGUGAUUGAAAAUCAGCCCAAACGACGCGUCAGUAUUAUAUCAGAUCCAGCUCACGAAAACCGCAGCAGUAAUGGUGCUUAUGAUAAUCCUGCUUUUGAACAAAAUCCACGAAGAAAAAUAUCACAGACAUCUGUCCACUCCCACACAGAAAUUGGUCCUGUUAGGAGGAAAAGUAUUUUAGUUAAUGCUGGCCAUGAGACUGAAUCGGAUCAUGGCUCCUUACACAGUUAUGACAAUCGACCCUAUAGAAGUUCAGCGCUGGAUACGCUGAAUGCCAAAAUUGCUCAACAUCAACAGCAGCAAUCCCAGUCCAAUUAUAGCAGCAACGUUGAAGAGUCUUGGCUCUAUACAUUCUGUCUGAAGUGUCGCGGUGAGGAAACAACACCAUCAUGGGAGCCACCACAUUGGCAAAAACUAUUCCCCUAUCCAUUGUGUCCAUCAUUCCGACAAUUUGCCCGGAUAGUCGUGCUAAUAUUGAUCGGUGUACUGUUAUGGAUAACAGCCUAUGUCAUUAUAGGCGAUUCAGCUGCCCCUGGUGGUCAGCUAUUUAGUUUGGUGGUACUGGCUGUUGCUGCAAAUUUCGGUGGCUAUUUAAUAUCAUUGACAACGUUACCGCGUCUUAUUGGUAUGUUGUUGGUGGGCAUACUCUUCCAGAAUGUUGGCUGGACCAAUUUGGAAGGCGAUUUCUCCAAAGUCACCGCUCACUUGCGUAAAUUUGCUUUAACCAUUAUUUUAAUUCGAGCUGGUCUCGAAAUGGAACCUGAGGCUUUCAAAAAAGUCUACAAGACUAUUCUGAAAUUGGGCAUCAUCCCUUGGAUUGUUGAAUGCGUUGUCAUCGGUUUGACCAGCCACUUCUUCUUGGAUCUACCCUGGGUUUGGGCUUUCCUUUUGGGUUCGAUUAUUGCCGCCGUUUCUCCUGCCGUAGUUGUGCCUUGCCUCUUCCGUUUACGUACUAAGGGUUAUGGUGUAGCCAAAGGCAUUCCCACUUUGAUUAUUGCUGUAGCUGGUAUUGAUGAUGCCUUGUCUGUGGCCGUUUUUGGUAUCAUCAGUAGUGUUAUGUUUUCGGAUCGUGGUCUUGGCUAUCAAAUUUCUCAGGCUCCUGUCUGUAUUAUUGGCGGUCUUGCCUUUGGUGUCAUCUGGGGUUACAUUGCCAGAUUCUUCCCCGAAAAAGGAGAUCCCUACGUUGUGCCCAUGCGUACCAUUAUGUUGUUUGCCGGUGGAUUGGUAGCAAUUUAUGGCAGUGAAGAAAUCGGGUACGAAGGAGCUGGUCCAUUGGCUGCUGUGUUUGCUGCUUUCGUUUCCAAUUUGUUCUGGUGUAAACAAGGCUGGGAGGUCGAGGACAAUCCCGUUGCCACAGCAUUCGAAAUCUUUUGGAUGAUUUUCGAACCGAUUCUAUUUGGCAUUACUGGUGCCACUGUCAAAAUCAACGAACUCGAUUCGGACAUUGUAUCUGUUGGUGUCGGCUGUAUUAUCGGUGCCGCUGUUAUUCGUAUUCUGUGUACAGCUGGCAUUGCUUUUGGAGAUCGCCUUAAUAUCAAGGAAAAAUUCUUUGUAGCCCUCUCCUGGAUGUCUAAGGCCACCGUUCAAGCUGCAUUGGGCCCAGUGGCUCUUAAACAUUUAAAUGCAUCUUCCAGCGAGGACGAGAAGCACUAUGCCUAUGUAGUACAAACAAUUGCCGUACUUUCAAUUGUACUGACUGCUCCCUUGGGUGCUAUUUUAAUCUCAGUAUCGGGCACAAAACUUUUAACGAAAACUAGACAACCACAAGUAACAGAAGGUUGGCGUCGCAGUCAUCGUCCUUCUAUUCGUGACAUCAGUAUCAUUGACGAAGAAGAAGAACGUGAAGAUCCCGAAAUUCCCGAGGAUAAGGAAACGGCCGAUAAUACGCAGACCAAUACCCACAUUCCUCCGUUCACAUUAUCUUCCUACAACAAAUAAGUUGU